AUGGAAGAAAAUAAUGAGGCGUUGUUAUCGGUACGACUAUCGAACACCCGGGUCGCUUUGCAAGAAUUGGAAAAUGAGUUAAGAUGUUGUGCCUGCCAGCAAAUCAGUUCCAGGCUUUGUUCACUUGGAAUGUGUGAGCAUUUGGUCUGCAGUCAAUGUACAUCUGAUCGGGUGUCUCGGGUCUGUCCAGUUUGUCAUCUUCCAUUUGAUGUCAAAGAUAUUCAGAUACAGUUACCACUAUGUAACAUACUCAACAUUUCCAACCAACUAAGAGAAAUUCUAUUCAAUCCAGAAUCAGAUUCCUCGUGCCAAGAACCUCAGCUCAACUCUGGGAAAUCACAGAAAACAGAAAAUGAAAUCAUUUUUGUUCCUUCAGACCAGAUGAGAGAAGCCAAAAAAUUAAAUGGAUCUCCUGGUUUGAAGAUGACACCCUCUCCAAUAAGAAUUAAGAAAAAUUCCAAAGGAGAAACUCUAUUGCAUGUUGCUGUCAUCAAGGGUGACACUGAAAAAGUUAAAAAUCUCCUGUCUGAUGGCGUUGAUGUCAAUAUCAAGGACUAUGCAGGGUGGACUCCUUUGCAUGAAGCCUGUAACCAUGGUCAUGAUAAAAUUGCUGAGUUAUUAUUGGAUAAUGGAGCUCUGAUUAACAUACCCGGAUCUGAGAAUGAUACACCUUUACAUGAUGCUGUUGUGAAUGGCCGUGUCAAGUGUGUACAGUUACUUGUUUCUAGGGGUGCUUCACUUACGCUCAGAAAUGUUCAUGGCCUCAUGGCUAAAGAUUAUGCCUAUACAGAGGCAAUGAAAGAAGCUUUUAAUACACCUGUUGUAACAGAUUCAUCAACAAAUAACUUGCAGGAUAUUUCCACUGUUGAUGGUGGUCCAUUGUGUAUUUUGGGUACGGCUCUCAAUCGAGAACAGAAAGUUGAACUUCAAAAAAAGGCAAUGCUUCUAAAAGCAAAAAUUGUUGAAGAGUUUAACCCAGAAGUGACUCACAUUGUCAGUGGUGUAAACAAAGAGGGAAUGUGCCCACGGACACUUAAAUAUCUAAAAGGAGUUCUGGCAGGAAAAUGGAUUGUAACUAUUGACUGGUUGCGUACAUGUGAAGAAUAUGGAGAGAGUAUUUCAGAAGAACCUUUUGAAGUUCCUGGCACAAGUACCAACCCAAAUUCUUUGGCACCUUACAAUGGUAGGAUGAACAGAUUGAAGCAAUUGCCUCGGCUAUUUGAUGGCUGUCAGUUCUAUUUUCAUGGGACAUUUAAUUACCCAACACCUGAAAAGGAAGACUUGAUAGAAUUGGUUAAAUUUGGAGGUGGUCACGUGCUGAGUCGGGAACCAAAACUACACAGUCUUGAUCCUACAGAUCUGACUGUACCUUUCCAUGCCCAAAACUCCAAAAAUGAGGAACUAAGCCAUUGCGGACUCUUCAUCAUCCAUGAUAACAAAGCCAACUAUCCCCGGGUUCGUCACAAACACCUGUGUUCAGCUCCUGCUGCUUGGAUCACAGAAUGUAUCGCUUCUUUUUCAUUAUGUGCAUUGCCAAAUGAUUAA